UGGUGGGUGUCUCCUCGGCCCGGGGAGUCCUGGCCAUUUGGGGACCGAGCCCUCAGCUUUCUGCACCCGACUGGCCAGGCCCACCAUGGAGCCCCAGGACGUGGUCUUCCUGUUGCUCUUGUUUCUGAGACCAGGUCUUGGAACGUCCCUUGAGGACUAUGUGAGCACCCAGGGGACCUUGCUAUUCAGUUUCAAGGAGCAGCAGCUGGAGGCCAAAAGCAUUGAGGACUGUGCUUCCGGGUGUGAGAAGGAAACGGGAUUCAUCUGCAGGUCCUUCCAUUUCCACAGCAAGGAGCAACAGUGCGUGAUCAUGGCUGAGAACAGCAGGACGGCACCCGUGACCCGCAUGACAGACGUGAUUCUCUUUGAAAAGAAAGUGUAUCUUUCAGACUGCAUGACCGGGAAUGGAAGGACCUACAGGGGGACCAAGUCCACGACAAAGUCUGGUGUGACCUGCCAGAACUGGGGUGACAGCUCCCCCCACAGACCCAACUAUUCUCCUGACAAAUAUCCUUCUGCGGGCCUGGAGGAGAAUUACUGCAGGAAUCCAGACAACGAUGAUGAGGGACCCUGGUGUUACACUCUGGACCCGGAUGUCAGAUUUGAGUACUGCGACAUUCCCCGGUGUGGAGACUCAGACCUCCUGUCCUCCCGAGCUCACUCUUCACCCAUGUGCAAGAAAGCUGAUGGCAAAUGCAGUUCCAGAAGGACCGAGAAAGAGUGCAAGACUGGGAAUGGAAGUACCUACAGGGGGACUGUGUCCACGACGAAGUCUGGGCUGACCUGUCAGAACUGGAGUGACAGCUCUCCGCACAGACCCAAAUAUUCACCCAGAAAUUAUCCUUCUGCUGGUCUGGAGGAGAAUUACUGCAGGAAUCCAGACAACGACGACGAGGGACCCUGGUGUUACACUCUGGACCCGGAUGUCAGAUUUGACUACUGCGACAUUCCCCAGUGUGAAGUGCUCCCGACUGAACAAAUAUUUGUACAACAUCUAGCACCCAGCGUGGGGCCCAAAGCAGAUCUCUCAGGAUGCAUGACUGGGAACGGAAGGAUGUACAGGGGGACCAUGUCCAUGACAAAGUCUGGCCUGACCUGUCAGAAGUGGGGUGACCGCUUCCCGCACAGACCCAGAUAUUCUCCUGACAAAUAUCCUUCUGAGGGCCUGGAGGAGAAUUACUGCAGGAAUCCAGACAACGAUGAUGAGGGACCCUGGUGUUACACUCUGGACCCGGAUGUCAGAUUUGACUACUGCGACAUUCCCCAGUGUGAAGACGCAGACCUCCUGACCCCCCCACCUCUUCGGAUGACCACGUGCAGUGAAGCUGAUGGAGAAUGCAUUGUCAAAAAGGACAAAAAAAGGGUGCAUGACUGGGAACGGAAGUACUUACAGGGGGACCAUGACCACGACGAAGUCUGGGCUGACCUGUCAGAAGUGGGCCGACAACUUCCCACACAGACCCAGAUAUUCUCCUGACAAAUAUCCUUCCAAGGGCCUGGAGGAGAAUUACUGCAGGAAUCCAGACGACGACGACGAGGGACCCUGGUGCUACACUCUGGACCCAGAUAUCAGAUUUGACUACU